AUGGCCCGGUUCGACAUUGGAUUCAUCCACGAGAGUUUUCAUGGCGAGAAGCGCCUCUUCGCACUUAUGACUAUAAUAGAAGAGUGCAACAAGGAGGAUCCCAUGGUUAUGCUCCCACUCGUGAGGGUGAGAACCUCGAGCCAGAUGAUCGUUGGUCUCCCAGCUAUCGGGAGCAAGGCAUUGUAUAUCGUGGACAUUGAUCCCAAGCAGAGAUACACGCUAGCACCAUUUGCCAAGGGGCCGCUCAGAUUGCACAAUGCCUCUGAUAAUUUAGAGCAUCCAGCUCCAAGUGCUUCAGAUCUACUGACGUCAAUCUACUGUUGGUGGGAGAUUGGCUUGAUAUGA